GGCGUCGCAUCACGUGUCUCUGUCCCGGGAGCUGCAUUUCAUGAUCUCGGCUGGUUUCCAGAACGUCAGAGCAGCGCGGUUUCCGAGUCCAAGAGCAUUGAUUGCCCAACAUGGCCAUUACGCCGACCGAGUUUGCGAAGAAGACGGCGCAGUCGGCCAAUUGGUCUGAUGCGAAGCGUCGAGUGCUCUCCUCUUACCGCGAAUGGAUCCGAGCCGCGCCUGAGGUCCAGACCAUGUACAACAUGCCCAUGCCCGUUGCGGAUAUCCGGACCCGAAUGCGACAAGAAUUCGAGCGAUACCGAUAUGCCAACAAGCUUUCCGUUGUGGAUGUUCUCCUUUUCAAGUCCCACGCGGAGUAUCAGGAAACCAUGAACUUCUGGAAGCAGACCAACCACAUGAUGUCCUACUUCAAGUCUGAGAACUUCCGCGGCGAAAAGCGGUUGCCCUCGAGCUUCAUGACUGGUUUCCUGGAGGGUCGCAACUAAGGUGAACGGCAACGAUUGCUCGUGUAUAUAUCUCAUUAGAACCUCUAGCAAAAGGAAUCCUCAGAACG